GUCCAUAUGCGCUUUCUCGGGCAAGAAGUCUGUUGGGACCCAACUUGGAAAGGCAACAUCCCUUCCCAGAGACGAGCAGCUCGAAACGCAAUCGUCCGUCAGCUCCCACCCAAGUCGUUCACUCCCACUCGCUCUGCCUGAGCCUAUCAACUCUUCUAACUCCUUUGUCGCAAUAGGAAAAAGUCGUCAACAUGUCGAUUAUGGAGUAUAACGGUUCGGCCAUCAUGGCUAUGAAAGGCAAAGGCUGUGUCGCAAUAGCAGCCGACCGCCGGUUCGGAAUCCAGCUCAUGACCAUGUCCACCGACUUUCAAAAGAUCUUUGCCGUCAACGAUAGGACUUUUAUUGGACUGCCAGGACUCGCUACCGACGUUCAGACGCUGUCCGAGCUGUUCAGAUUCAAGACCAACAUGUACAAACUGCGCGAAGAGCGGGAUAUCAGCCCAAAGACGUUUUCCCACAUGGUAUCCUCAGCAUUAUACGAGAAGAGAUUUGGACCAUACUUCUGUGAACCCGUGAUUGCAGGCCUCGAAAAGGACGGCUCGCCAUACAUCUGCUCCAUGGACAUGUUGGGAUGCAUCAACCACGCAAAAGAUAUCGUCGUUAGCGGGACCGCAUCGUCGCAGAUGUACGGUACCGCGGAAGGUCUAUGGGAGCCCGAUCUUGAACCGGAGGAGCUCUUCGAGACAAUUUCCCAAGCGAUGAUGGCCGCCGUCGACCGUGACGCGAGCAGUGGUUGGGGUGUGGUCGUCCACGUGAUCACCCAAGAAGGGGUCAUUACGCGGACCCUUAAAGCUCGUAUGGAUUAGAUGGUUGAGAUUUUGGGAAGCGGCGAAGGGAGAAUGGCGUCGCAGGUUUUGCCGCUGCCCUUUGUACAUUUCGAAUAUCAAAAUGAACAGCGCACAACAAAAAUACUACAAUUAUUCAAG